AUGUUUGAAUCUGUGAAAGAAUUAGACAUUGAAAAUGGCACGACAACGUGGCAAACUGUCAGAAGACAAAAACGGGAGUGGAUCAAGUUUGCAGCUGCCUGUCGAGAAGGAGAGGACAACUCGAAGAGGAAUCCAAUCGCCAGAAUUCGAUCAGACUGCGAAGUGAACCAGAAGAUCACAUACCGAAUCUCCGGAGCAGGGAUUGAUCGGCCACCUUAUGGGGUGUUCACCAUUAAUCCUCGCACUGGGGAAAUUAACAUCACUUCGGUGGUGGACAGAGAGAUAACUCCACUCUUCUUGAUCUAUUGCCGGGCUCUGAAUUCACGGGGUGAAGAUUUAGAGAGACCGCUGGAGCUCAGAGUCAAAGUUAUGGACAUAAAUGAUAAUCCCCCGGUCUUCACACAGAACGUGUACACAGCCAGCAUUGAAGAAAACAGUGACGCCAAUGCACUGGUGAUAAAGCUAAGUGCCACAGAUGCAGAUGAAGACAAUCAUUUAAAUUCUAAAAUCGCCUACAAGAUCAUCUCUCAGGAGCCUGCAGGUGCACCAAUGUUCAUUGUGAACAGGUACACUGGAGAAGUCCGCACCAUGUCCAGUUUCCUUGACAGAGAGCAACACAGUAUGUACAACCUACUUGUGCGGGGCUCUGACCGUGAUGGAGCUGAAGAUGGCCUGUCCUCUGAGUGUGACUGUAGAAUCAAGGUUUUGGACGUCAAUGAUAAUUUCCCCAUCUUAGAGAAGACUUCAUACUCAGCAAGCAUUGAAGAAAAUUGUUUGAGUUCAGAACUGAUGAGACUACAAGCAAUCGAUCUUGAUGAAGAAGGCACCGAUAAUUGGUUGGCACAAUAUUUAAUCCUUUCUGGAAAUGAUGGAAACUGGUUUGAUAUUCAAACAGACCCACGUACCAACGAAGGCAUUUUGAAAGUAGUCAAGACCCUGGAUUAUGAACAAGUGCCUAAUGUAAAUCUUGGUAUUGGAGUUAAAAACCAAGCUGAUUUUCACCACUCGGUUGCUUCUCAAUUCCGAAUGCACUCAACCCCUGUGAGAAUUCAAAUUGUUAACGUGAGAGAAGGACCCACAUUUCAUCCAAGUUCCAUGACUUUUAGAGUACGGGAAGGAAUAAGAGGAGAUUCCUUAUUGAAUCAUGUGCUUGGCACAUACACAGCCAUUGAUAUGGACACAGGAAAUCCUGCAACAAAUGUCAGGUACGUCAUAGGGCAUGAUGCAGGCAAGUGGUUAAAAGUUGAUUCAAGGACUGGUGAAAUACAAUUUUCUAGAGAAUUUGAUAAGAAGUCAAAAUAUAUUACCAAUGGGAUGUACACAGCACAGAUCCUGGCUAUAGAUGACGGUUCUGGGAAAACAGCUACGGGAACCAUAUGUAUUGAGGUUCCCGAUGUCAAUGACUACUGUCCAGUCAUUUGUCUUGAAAGCAGCACCACCUGCAUGGUUUCUCCAUCGGUCCCUAUCUAUGUUAGUGAUCAUUCUUAUGGGGCUCCCUUUACCUUCUGUGUUGUUGAUGAGCCGCCAGGAACAGCUGACAUAUGGAAUAUCGAACCAAUAAAUGGGACCUUUGCAAUCCUGACGACUGAUGAGGUGAUAUCUCCAGGACUUCACCAAAUCCCAAUCCUAGUGAAGGACAGCUAUAACAGGGCAUGUGAAUUGCCACAGAUUGUGCAGUUUGAUGCAUGCAGUUGUGAUAGCAAUGGCAUAUGCCUGCACUCUAGCACUCCGGGUAUCCAUAUUGAAGACAUCAGCUCAUCCCCUGAUGACAUGUAUGGGACAAUCACUGAUGACCAAGCUGGAGAUUCAAAUGUUGGUCUCGGACCAGCAGCAAUUGGCAUGAUGGCGAUGGGUGGCUUACUUCUGCUCUGUAAGUAUUGUAUUAAGUCCACCUUUUCAGCAGUUCUUCAAAAUAGGGCUGUCACCAGGCACACCAGGAUGGCUAGGCUCACAUGGCUGUUUCUUUUUGGAAUCUAUGGCAAUUUUUGUGUGCCCUUGGAAAUAAACGAUGGGGCUGAUAAGGAUGUGUCCAAUAUAUGUGCACCCAUGACAGCUUCUAAUACCCAGGAUCGUAUUGAUUCCUCUGAAAUCUACACCAACACCUAUGCAGGUGGAGGAACAGUUGAAGGAGGUGUGUCAGGAGUGGAACUCAAUACAGGCGUUGGAAUGGCUGAGGGCAUGGUGGCUGGAGGAACUAUGGGGACAUUGAGGAAGAGGAGUUCUACCAUAGGCACCCUGCGGGAGUAUGCAGACACCGGCAUGAACAUGGCCUUCCUGGACAGCUACUUCUCAGAGAAAGCAUACGCAUAUGCAGAUGAGGAUGAAGGCCGACCAGCCAAUGACUGCUUGCUUAUCUACGACCAUGAGGGAGUUGGGUCACCAGUGGGCUCCAUUGGUUGCUGCAGUUGGAUCGUGGACGACCUGGAUGAAAGCUACAUGGAAACUUUAGAUCCAAAAUUUCGGACUCUUGCUGAAAUCUGCUUAGACACCGAAAUUGAGCCAUUUCCUUCACACCAGGCCUGUAUCCCUAUCAGUACUGACCUCCCUUUGCUGGGACCUAAUUACUUUGUUAAUGAAUCUUCAGGAAUGACUCUCUCAGAAGCUGAAUUCCAAGCAGAAAUGGCAGCCUCUGAACCCAUGAUUCAUGGGGAUAUCAUAGUGACUGAGACUUACACUACGACUGACCCAUGUGUACAACCCACAACAAUUGUUUUUGAUCCUCAGCUUCCUCCCAAUGUGGUAGUAACAGAAACAGUGAUGGCACCUGUCUAUGAUGUUCAAGGGAAUAUUUGUGUGCCUGCCGAGUUAGCCAACACACACAAUGUAUACUAUGCCGAGAGAGUCCUGUCUAGCCCUGGUAUGCCUGACGUGAACAAUGGUAGCAUGACUGAUGGUUGUAUGGGACCUGUGAUGAGUGGCGGUAUUUUGGUAGGGCCAGAAAUUCAAGUGACACAAAUGGUGAGUCCAGACAUUCACAUAAGCCAAACCAUUGGCUCUACAUCCCCAAUGACAUCUCGACACAGAGUAACAAGAUAUAGUAACAUACAUUACUCCCAACAGUAAGUGAUUUAUGACCAGUAUACUAGAUGCUGAUCUUGCAGCCUAAUAGUCACCAAAACAUUCAUCCAAGAUGUAUAAUGUACUAUAUUUAAAAUGUUAAUAGGCAACAAACAUUCAGAUGUUCUAAGUUUAAUGUGGCUUUGAUUGGAUCUUUUGAGGGAUAAAUAUGGCUAAGCACUUUAGAUAAGUCUUUCUUAGUUUUUUCUGAUUUUCAAUAUAUGCCAAAAAACUUAAAGAAAAUAUUUUGUAUCCUUUGAUAUUGUCUAAAGUGCAUAACUCAUUUCACAAAUCCAGUGGGUCUUGAGGCCUGUAGAAAGUCACAUAAA